AAAGUAAAUGGUCAAAACCAAAAAAUUCCACGCGCCACACGGGACCAUAAGCGCGUGUCAUCUAAAUUCCUCGUCGUCGUCCGAAACCGAAGGGGAUUCUCUACGAACGAUGACGAUCGAAAGAGCUCGAGUCCCGUUAAGCCGGUGGCAACAAGCGGCGGUGGCGAUGGGAUCUGCUGUCGGUGCAUUGGUUAAUCCUCGUAGGGCAGAUCUGAUCGCGGCUUUAGGUGAAACCACUGGGAAACCAGCUUUUGAAAUGGUUCUCGAGAGGAUGAAGAAGAGUCCUGAAGGAAGAGCUAUAUUGCUGGAUCGUCCUCGUGUUGUAUCAGAGCAAGUAGGCCAUGCUUGGGAUCUACCAGAGAACACAUUUGGAGCUGCAUAUGCAAGAUUCAUGGGAUCUAGAAACUUCUCACCAGAUGACCGCCCGCCCGUAAGAUUCAUGGAGACAGAUGAAUUGGCAUAUGUAGCAACUCGGGCACGCGAAGUUCACGACUUGUGGCACACUCUCUUUGGUCUACCUACAAAUCUUAUAGGCGAGUCUGCUCUUAAAGUCAUAGAGUUUGAGCAAAUGUAUCUUCCGAUGUGCAUGCUUUCUGUGAUUGGAGGCACCGUGAGGUUCAACGAGAAGCAAAGAUCAAUGUUCUUGAAGCAUUACCUUCCUUGGGCUGUUCGAGCUGGAAGACAAUGCACUGAUCUCAUGUGUAUCUACUAUGAGCGUCACUUUAGUGAAGACUUAGAGCAAGUCCGGAGAAAAUGGGGAAUCAUCCCUGCUCCUCAACAUCCUAAAUGAUGGUGUUUUUGGCACUUUGACAAAAGACAUGUACUUUGUUUACGCCUGAUUAAAACCAGAACUGGUUACAGUGUAAUUUGGUUUUAGAUCCAUUUGUUUCAAUGAUAAAAGGGUCAUAAA